UAGAGAUGAUGGAAUUAGACAUAGGAGACGCUACCCACGUGUACAUAGCGUUCUUGGUUUACCUGGAUCUCAUGGAGAGUAAGAGUUGGCAUGAAGUCAACUGUGUGGGCUUACCAGAACUCCAACUCAUCUGCCUCGUGGGUACCGAGAUAGAAGGCGAAGGGUCACAGACUAUAGUGCCUACACCCAUCAGUGCCUCCCUCAGCCACAACAGGAUAAGGGAGAUCUUAAAGGCAUCUCGAAAGUUGCACAGUGACCCAGAUGUGCCGAUGUCAUUUACUCUGGCCAUAGUGGAGUCAGAUUCCACAGUCGUCUACUACAAGCUCACUGAUGGCUUCCUGCUGCCAGGCCCUCAGGCUCGUUCUGAGAAUAUCUCUCUUAGAAGAUGACAGCCGUAUUCCGAUGCUUGCUUUGUUCACACAAGACUGGAUUUGAGACCUGCCGGCUGCAUCUCAGAAAGGGUCUUGAUUUAACUGCCCAAACUGAAAAUUCGCUCCUGCAGAGCGUGAAUGCUGGAUCAAGAUGACUAGUGAGCAGAGAAGUAAAGGGUUUCCUCCCACGCCGAUGCACCAUCACCGAUGUAGCACACACAGCACUAUGAGAGAGACGCUUUCAUGAACUGGACUCCCGUUCGACUUUCACUAAUCUCUUCCAACUUCUUGUCCAGAGUGCGGAAAGCUCUCCGCGCAGAGGGCCCAGUAGUAUGACUUGGAAUGCCCCAAAUGAUAAACCGCUUGAAAAUCCGGGGGCAGGAUCAACAACUUCUUUUUUUUUUUUUUGUAAAAGGCCAGAUGGUAAAACUUUUCCAAUUUGCAAGCCAUGUAUUAGCUGUCACAAUUUCUCAUCUCUUUGUAGUGUGAAGGCAAAUAGACAAUGUGUAAACAAAAGGGCACAUGUCUGUUCCAGUUAAACUGCAUUUAUAAGCACACAGCCAACAUUUGCCAAACCUUGCUCUAAGGCAAGGGCCAGCCUUUUGUUUUCAAUCUUAAGUAGAACCAGGUAGUAAAUAAUUUAGGUUUUGUAAGCUUUACACAGACUAGUUUAUAUUAUCUUUACAACCCCUUACAAAUGUAAAAUUUGUUCUUCACUAGGACACUAUAAAAAAAAAGUUCUAGACCAAAUUUAGUCCAUUUGGUAAUCCCGAGUCUAGUGAAAUAGUUUUUUUUAAGCAUAUAUAUGUAUACCUAUAAUGGCACAUUAACUAAAAAUUAUCAGAAUAUAUGAAUAUUAUGAAAAUAUAAAUUGUUAGUGAAAACUGAAGGUACAAAAGUACAUGGAUAGGCAUGAUUAUGGCUGUAAAUAAUACACCAAGCAUAAACUUUACAAAUGACAAAGUAAGCCACAUUGCUAACUGAUAUAGUAGGAUGGGUGACUGACUUUUCCCAAUAUCUUAGUUUUUCUUUCCAUGAUUUGUAUUACUUUUAUAAUAAAAACAUUUUCAAAUUUAAA